GCUUCGCUGCGAUGGCGGCGGCGCCGAGCACAGUCACACUGCUGGCGGCGGAGUCUUCCCCUCAGGAAGCUACCGUCCCUGCCGCCUCCUCCUCCUACACCGCCUGCGCGGCGGCGGCGGCAGUGGCGGCAGUGAUUGUGCCUGCCUCCUCAGCCACCUCCACCCCUGCCAGCCCGCCUGCCGGUGGCUGUGGCGACGGCGGCGGCGGCUUUGGCGGCUCCACUAUGGCGGCGGCGGGGAGGGGGGGCAGUAGUUUUAAAGUAGACACCCGCCCUUGCCUCAGAGAAGAUAUGACUUGGAAUGAACAGGAAAAGACUGAACUUUUUACAGAUAACUUUUGUAAUACAUGUGGAGUGGUGCUACAGUUUGAAUCACAAAGGAUUUCACAUUAUGAGAGUGAGAAACAUGCUCAAAAUGUUAGGUUUUAUUCUCAAAUUCAUGGGGAACAAAACGAAGUGCCUGGUAAGAAAAUGAAGAUGGAUGUUAAGAAAUUUAAGGUGCAUAGGAGUAAUGUAGUGGACAGAAACAAAUUUUGUGAUCUCUGCAACAUGAUAUUUAGCUCUCCAGUUGUUGCUCAGUCUCACUAUGUGGGAAAAGUCCAUGCUAAAAAACUGAAGCAAUUAAUGGAGGAGCAUGAUCAGGUAUCUCCAUCAGGAUUUCAGCCAGAGUUGGCAUUUAGUAUGAGGACCUACGUUUGCCAUAUUUGUAAUAUCACCUUUACAUCUUUAGAAAUGUUCCGGUCCCAUAUGCAAGGAAGUGAACACCAAAUUAAAGAAUCCAUUGUUAUCAGUCUAGUGAAGAAUCCCAAGAAGACACAAGACUCUUACCAAGAUGAAUGUGAAGAUUACAUCAAAAUGCAGAAAUCCAGAGGACCAGAGCCCAAGAUUUGUUUCAGGAAGAUGGAAGAGAGUUCUUUGGAAGCCCGUUGGUACAGGGAAGUAGUUGAUUCUAGAUCCACACAUACAAUGUUUGAACAGAGACUCCCAUGUGAGACUUUCUGGACAUACCCAGGAUCAUACAGUAUUUCACAAACAGCAGAAAACCAUUUACCUCAUUGUUUACCAGCUCAUUCAAAGAAGACAUAUGACUCUUUCCAAGAUGAACUGGAAGAUUACAUCAAAGUGCAGAAAGCGAGAGGACUAGAUCCAAAGUUUUGUUUCAGAAAGAUAAGAGAGAACUCUAUAGAGACCCAUGGGUACAGAGAAAUUGACUCUGGACCCAGACAACAAAUGUUUGAGCAAAGAUUUUCACUUGAGACUUCCCAGACUUACCAACAACCAUAUAAUAUUUCACCAGUGGAAAGCAAGUUGCAUUAUUGGUUACCAGUUCAUUCAAACAGAACUUAUGAUUCUUUCCAAGAUGAGCUAGAAGAUUACAUCAAAGUGCAGAAAGCCAGAGGACUAGAGCCAAAGACUUGCUUCAGAAAGGUUAGUGAUAGCUCUAUAGAAAUCCAUAAGUACAAAGAAAAGGUUGAUUUCAGACCCAAACAUAGAAUUUUUGAGCAAAAAGUCCCAUUUGAGACUUCCCACGCUUAUACAGGAUCAUACAGUAUUUCCCAAGUAGUGGAAAACCAGUUACCUCAUUGCUUACCAGCUCAUGACAGCAUACAGAAACUAGACUCUAUAUCUUCCUGUCAACCCAUCAGAGACUGUUUUCCAGAAAAGCCAGUACCCCUGAGCCUUAGUCAGCAAGAAAAUAACUUUGGCUCAUACAGUGUAGAAUCUGAAGUUUACAAGCACCUCUCAGAAAACAAUACCAGUGACCAUAAAGCAGGUCACAAACGAAGACAUCAGAAGAGAAGAAAGCACCUGGAAGAAGGUGAAGACAGGUCAGAGAAAGAGCAAUCGAAGCAUAAAAGGAAAAAGAGUUAUGGUGAUACAAAUCUAGACAAGGACAAGAGCAUCCGACAAAGGAAAAGAAAGGGAGAUCAAGUCAGCGUCAGUUCAGGAAAGCUUAAACAUCGAAAAAAGAAAAAAAGCCAUGGUGUGCCCACUGAGAAAGAAGAACGUAAGCACAAGAAAGGGAAAAAGAAACCUGUUGAAGAAAAGACAGAAGAGGAAAUGCUUUGGGAUGAAUCUAUUCUUGGAUUUUGAAUUUUUAGUUUUGUUUACCCAAGGAUGAAUUGAAGAAAUCAGUUAUAGAUUUAGACAAAGACAGGAACAUCCAGAAGAAAAAGAGCAGUGGAUAUAGUUAGUGUCAGCUCCAGAAAGCUUAGUUUUUGUGUUUAUAAUUUGAAAUUGAAUUGAAAGAAGAAACAAACAAGCUUAAAUAUACUGAGAAAGAACAUAAGAAGAACAUAAGAACACAACGAGAACAUGAGAGAAAAAAAAUUCUGUUGAAGAAAAGACAGAGAGUCAAUGUUUUGGGAUGAGUCUGUUUUAGGAAUUUCAUUUUGUUUACCCAAGGAUGAAAUGAAGAAAUCAGUUUAGAAAAUGGAUUUAGACAAAAACAAGAACAGCCAGUGAAGAAAAGCAUAGGUAGAUAUGAUCAUUGGCUAUUCAGGAAAGCUUAGUUUUAGGGGGUGUAAAAAUUGAAAUUGAAUUGAAAGAAGAAACAAGCAUAAAUCUAGCCUCUGAGAAAGAAGAACAUAAGAACACAAGAACAGAAAAGAAAAGGAAAUCUGUUGAAGAAAAACAAUGCUUUGGGAGGAGUCUAUGCUUGGAUUUUGAACUUUUUAGUUUUGUUCCCUUAAAGUUGAAUUGAAGAAAUAAGUUGAAAAGUCUGAUUUCAUAAAAUUUAUGUUACUUGAAUGCUUCCUAAGUGAACAGUUAACUUUAACCUCUAACAAAAGCCAAGUGGAGUAAAAGUAUUCAAUAUGCCUUUUCCUCAAGUUAGUUUUUUUCUCAUUUUCUUUAAAAAAUUACAUUUCUUAUAUAAAAUGUAAUUUUGCUUAAUGAGGUUGUCUCUACUUCUAUUCAUCAAAUUGCUGUAGUGGUGAAUUAUUUGCCCAUGAAAGAUUAAUUUAUUUUAAAUGAGAGAAUUACCAGGCAUUACAAAAUCCAUUCCUUGUUUGGGUUUGUGUUAGUGUUGGUAUUUUAUUGUUAUUGUGUGUUUGUUUUUUGAUUUUCUCUAAGAAAAAUGUAUGAAGCAAUUUAGAUCAGUUUUUUUUUGUUUGUUAAAUCUAAUUUGCAGUGUAUUUUUGUAUUUUCUAGUUCUAAAAGUGGAAAAUGAAACUGUCUGUAAUAAGUUUAGAUGAUAUAUAGUUUUAAAAAGCUCUCAAAAAGUACUGAUACAAAAUCAGUCUAUAUUCUGGAAAUGUUUAUAUUAUAUUAAAGUGUUUUAAUUUCUA